AUGCCUCCUCGUACGCGCUCCUCCGCCAAGCACAAGCACACUCACAUCCCUACCACUCCCGCAAGCACAAGCACAAGCACAAGCACAAGCACAGCCUUGGACACGUUCCCGCGCGAGCCAUUGCUUGGCACAUCUCUAUCGCAACGACAACCACCCUCCAACCCCUCCAACCCCUCCACCACUCUUCGUACCAAGUUAGUGGGAGAGCAAGAGAAAGAGACAAGAGGGGUAGAGAAAGACGAGAUGGAGUUUAAAGAUCUAAGCCGCAAGUCGCAGUGGAUUGCGCUGGCGAUUAUGAGUGGUGCUUGUGCGGCUUUCAAUGGCGUUUUUGCUAAGUUAACAACGACCGAACUCACCACCUCAUUUGCGACAUCUAUCGCGAACCUCCUGGGGCUGGGUGAUGGCGAGAAAGUAGUCGAAGUUGUUGUGCGAGGGCUCUUCUUCCUCCUAAACCUCCUCUUCAACGCCAUAAUGUGGACGCUCUUCACCAAAGCCCUCGCGCGCGGCACCUCCACAACCCGCGUCUCGAUCCUCAACACGUCCGCGAACUUCAUGCUAACCGCCAUCCUGGGCUUCCUCAUAUUCAGCGAGUCCCUGCCGCCGCUGUGGUUCCUGGGCGCUGCGUUGCUGGUUGCUGGGAAUGUGAUUAUUGGGCGCAGGGACGAGGGGGAGGAUAAGGAUGGGGAUUUGGAGGCUGGUGAGAGGGAGGAGGAGGAGGGCGCUUUGUUGGUUGCGGGUGGUGAGGCGCUGGAGUUGGAGGAGGAGGAGGAAGGGGCAGAGGGGAGGAAGGAUGAGGAUAUUGUGCACUUGGGGGAUUUGGGGAGUGGGGAUAGUGAUGAUGAUGAUCUUGUGGAUUUGAGGAGUAGAUGA